CGAUCGAUUUUCAACUAGAUUUUCCAUACAGAACAACCAAAUUAACUAAAAGUUAACAUAGGAUAUAGUCAUUUUCAAGUCAGAUACUAGUAUGUAUUGUAUAACAUAAUCACUGUAUACUAAUGACGGAAUUUGAUAUAGCUAGAACAGGAAAUAGAUUUUAACUGUUCUAAAUAGAUUAGAGCUAUAUCUAUAUACAAGUAUAAGGUCACGCGUGAUAAGAAAAAAAGAUGGUUUAUAAUACAUGACAUAGCGAACAGUGACUCGGAUUGAAAAUUACAACUGUCAAGUGACACGUACACUAACGGCUGAGCCCACAGGCAGCUGUUGUUUUAUUCAAAGUCAAAGGGAAAACCAAUUACUUUCUUGUAAACAUACAUUUAUAUAUAAUGCGGAUGGAUAAUAUCUACGCGCCAUAUUUAUUUUAAUCACUGUGAAGGCAUACUACGAAUACGGUGUAUGUGUACUUUUGAGGAGUAGAAUGAUAAAUGUGUUAAAUGUGAGUGGCCUUGCGAAUGUCAUUGAAAACGAAAAUAUUUUAGGUAACAGUUAAUCGCAGGAUGGCGACAUUUGUCGGGAUAGGUUGUAUGUCUGGAUCGUCCCUAGAUGGUUUGGAUAUUUGCUGCGUUGAGUUCACGGGUGACGUCUGCUCCGAUUUGUGGGGCUAUCGUAUACUGACUGCCGAGACUGUACCAUAUACCACAGAGUGGACUGACAGGCUUAGAGAUGCUGCAAAACUUUCAGGCGCGGAUCUCAUUAAACUGCACGUGGAUUACGGGCAAUUUGUUGGGCGAACUGUAUCAGAAUUUAUAGAAAAGAACAAUUUAGCGAACGUUCAGUUUGUUUCAUCACACGGACAUUCAGUUUUCCAUCAGCCUACUGACGGAUUUACUUUUCAACUUGGUGAUGGGCAGACGACAUCAACGCAUUUUACAAUUCCAUAUGUCUGCGACUUUCGUACCAAAGAUGUUUGUCUUGGUGGUCAAGGGGCACCACUUGUCCCGUGCGGAGAACGUUUCUUAUUUACAAACAAUGAGAUGUGUGUCAAUUUAGGAGGAAUAGCAAAUAUCGGUAUCAAAGGACACAGCGGUUACGACGUUUCCACGUGCAAUAUCGUGCUUAACCGUCUCGCUUCGCAGAUAAAUGGCAAAUUCCUUUUUGACAAAGACGGUCAGCUAGCACGGAGUGGAGAAGUUGUUGGUGAGGUUCUUGAAAAACUGAAUGACUUGUCCUAUUUCAGACAGCCGCCUCCAAAAUCUCUGUGGAGAGAUUACAUUGAAAAAGAAGUAUAUCCGCUAUUAAAUAGGGAGCAAUACAAAAUAGAAGAUUUGUUGCGCACAUGCACAGAACACGUGGCAUUAAAGGUUGCCGAAGCAUGCAUUGAUGCCAAAGAGCUAAUGCCUAACAACGUCAGCGUCCCAAGCGUUCUUUUUACAGGAGGAGGAGCGCUGAAUAAAUUUCUAAUUGAAUUAAUCAACGAAAAGUUAGAGGGUAAAGGGUUUAAAGUGGAAAAAGCAGAUGAGGAUACGAUCAAUUUCAAAGAGGCGCUAAUAUUCGCUUUCCUUGGAUUAAGGUGCUUGCUUGGCGAGGAAAAUGUAUUCCGAGAAAUAACAGGUUCCUCAAGUGACACCAUUUCCGGCAGUAUUCAUAGACCGCUGCCAACUCGCACUGCUAAACCGAUCAGUCUGCUGAAUGCGAGAUAAUCGUGCAGUUUACACGUGAUGAGUUACCUUUCACAUAAACAACGUUGCUGUAAAUGCGUUAUAAGUAUGUAAUCGGAAAUCACUCAAAUUUAAGUUACAGAUUCUUAGUAAAAUAUUCAAGUGAAAUUAUUGUGGCAUAUUUCUUACAGAAAUAUAGUACCCAAAUAUUAGUCAAAUAUAGACAAUUUCAACGGUGUCUUCUCAUUUCUUAAAACUUAUACGCAUGUAUAUAAAAGUAGUUUAAAUAGAGGUGCGCGGUAUUACCGGUAUACCGGUAACCGUGGUAUCAUCUUUCCGUGGUACGAUACCGCGGUACCAUCGGGGAAUACCGGUAUUUUAACAACAUUAUCCCUACUUCUGUUUAUUUUUAAUUUACAUUGUGUAUAUAGCCUUCCGUAACAGCAAUUGACACCAUGAAUGAUUUUCCGAUUUAUAUCUCUGGAAUUCCCAUGCUACUAUUAUUAGUUUCCAAAAAUAACCACCCAAUGGUGCAAUUAAACAUGAAUGAUCGACCGCGUGAUCCCCAAUCAAAACCUUCGAAAACCUCCAAAUUAUUCCGUAUAGAUGAAUGACGUCAUGGGCGCACUUGUUUUUACUUUGAGUCUGGUAAAUUCGGCGAGUCCCGACUUCUUGUAUUAUUUGCACUUAUUAAAAAAGAAAUAAAUAGAAUGGAAAAUGUUGA